AGCAAUGAGAAAGAUGAUCAAUCCCAGUUUCCGAGCAAACGUUUUGACGUCGUUUGACGAAAAUUUUCGAUACCAUACAAAUAUUUUUGUGAACCUACUGAGGAGACACGAAAAUAGUGGACCGUUCGACAUAUUUCUUCCUGUGCAUUUAUGUACUAUUGAUCUUAUCUUUGACAACAUGAUGGAGAGCCGCGUGGAUGUUCAAAAAAAUAACUUUACAUAUCUAUCGUCAAAUUUAAUUGCGAUCUCGGAAAUGGUCUUUGAGAGAGCAUUUGCCCCGCUUUUGUGGCCGGAUUGGAUCUACAGGCUGUCAGGAAUGCAAAACUUGUUUGACAAACUGCUUGGCGAGGAGAAAAGUUUUCUGCAAGAGAUGUUGGAAAGGCGGAUAGUCACCAGAGAGGCGGAGAAAUUGUGUUUUCCACACGAAAAAUUGCAAACAUUCAUUGAAAUAAUGCUAAGAAACCUGGACUCGGGAUCCAUUUCCAAGGAUCGAGUACUCUCGGAAAUGACAGAGAUGUUUAUAGCUGGUUCAAUCAGCACCGCUAUAACAAACGCAUGGGUAUUUAAAAUGCUUGCUAUGUUCCCUGCGAUUCAAGAUAAAGCGUACCAGGAAAUUAUAGAAAAUUGCGAUGGGACUGAGGUGACACCUGAAAACCUAUCAAAUCUCUUUUACUUAGAAAUGAUCAUUAAAGAAACGCUCAGACAUUUCACGAUUCCUGUGAUGGGACGGAGAAUUACGGAGGAUCUUCAGGUCAAUGAAGAACUUAUCAUUCCUGCAGGAAUACAAGUUUUUUUGUGCACGUACGCGCUUCACCACGAAACUAUCUAUUGGCAAAAACCAGGAGAGUUCUACCCAGAACAUUUUUCAUCGGAAAAUGAAGCAAAUAGGCCUAAAGGAGCAUUCGUGCCGUUCUUGAGCGGGCCUCGAGGAUGUCCAGGCCACCAUUAUGCAAUGAAGUCCAUAAAGUUCAUCGUUGCGAAUACGAUUUUGAAGUACCACUUUUCAACGGAUGAAAAACCCCCGGAGGAUAUGAGAGAUUUAGACUACCGCUUGGUGUUCAUGAUUUGGCCAGCCACAGGAUUUGAAGUCAAAAUCAAAAGAAGGUGAUGUUACCCCAUCAAAUUCUUAUGAAUGAAUUCUUGCAGUCGCCUCCGCGUCAGAUCCAUCCUUUCGCAUCAAGAUUCAUCAGUUUGUCACAUAGGUACAUUUUUCAGUGUAUAAAAAUGAUUAGUUCAUUUACCUCGCUGGGUCUAUUUUUAUAUUCCAUGCGAUUUUAUAAUAUAUCUUGAGUUACUUCACAAGUAUGAGGUAAAAUAUUCCAGUUGAUAAGUGGAUAAGAUGUUCACGAUGAGGGGCUAAUUUUUGUAAAAGCACAGUCUUUGUGCUAAACUUUAAAACUAAUAACUUGUAUAUUACAAUUGUUGAAUAUUUAAUAGUCUUUCGUGAUGUACUACUCAAAGAAAGACAAGCAUUUUCCCGCAAAGCUAACUUACGAUCCCUGUUUCCGGCGUCAAUAAAUCUUCAGGCCGCCAUUUAACUUCAAUAUGUGGCGAAGUAACCCUAUUAAUUAAAUCGAUCAGCAGCCGUGUUGUCAAGAGAGGUAGAAAAACAAAAUAUUUUAUAUUAAAUUGCUAGAGGCGCAGUGCUGUCUUUUAAAAAAGUGAUAGUCGAACUGAACCGAUUGACUUGGCGCAUUUUGAAAUAUGUCAUCAUUCACAAAACAUUGGGUUUUACUUACAAGUUUUUUGUUUUUAAUUUUCUCCUUCCUUUAUUGUGUGUGUUUUUUCAAAUA